AUGUCGGAUGACGAGGAUUUUAUGCAGGAGUCGGACGAGGAGCAAUAUGAUUUUGAGUAUGAAGAAGACGAGGACGACGAGUCUGGAGAUAUCGACAUCGAGAACAAAUACUACAAUGCGAAGCAACUCAAGCUCACUGACCCAUCCGAUGCGAUUGACGAAUUCCUAGGCAUUCCGCCACUUGAGGAAGAGAAAGGCGAGUGGGGGUUUAAAGGGUUGAAGCAGGCAAUCAAGCUAGAGUUCAAGUUGGCCAAAUAUGAUGAGGCAGCGGACCAUUUCGCAGAGCUCCUCACCUACGUAAAAUCAGCCGUGACGAGGAAUUAUUCCGAACAGUCCAUCAAUAAUAUGCUCGACUAUAUCGAGAAAGGCGCCGAUGGCAAAGAAGCGGCGAAGAGCAUGGAGAAGUUCUACUCCCUCACGUUGCAGAGCUUCCAAAGUACCAACAACGAGCGGUUGUGGCUCAAGACGAAUAUCAAGCUUGCCAAGCUGCUUCUUGAUCGGAAAGAGUAUAGCUCCGUGUCCAAGAAGCUACGAGAGCUGCACAAGGCCUGCCAGCGACCAGAUGGCACAGACGACCCGGCUAAAGGCACAUACUCGCUGGAGAUAUAUGCCCUCGAGAUUCAAAUGCUGGCAGAGACCAAGAACAACAAACAGCUCAAGGCUCUGUAUCAACGGGCGUUGAAAGUAAAGUCCGCCGUUCCCCAUCCUCGUAUCAUGGGAAUCAUCAGAGAAUGCGGCGGCAAAAUGCACAUGAGCGAAGAGAACUGGAAGGAGGCACAGAGCGACUUUUUCGAAUCGUUCCGCAACUACGACGAGGCGGGGUCUCUACAACGUAUCCAAGUGCUCAAGUAUCUACUUUUAUCUACAAUGCUGAUGAAGUCCAACAUCAACCCGUUUGACUCGCAAGAGACCAAACCGUACAAGUCCGAUGCCAGAAUAUCAGCCAUGACGGAGCUCGUUGACGCUUAUCAAAGAGACGACGUGCAUGCCUACGAGAAAGUACUGCAGGGUCAUCAGGAUAUCUUGGAUGACCCUUUUAUCGCGGAGAACAUUGACGAAGUCACCCGUAACAUGCGGACCAAGGGCAUUUUGAAGCUGAUAGCUCCAUACACCCGCAUGAAACUCGACUGGAUUGGGCAGCAGCUUAGGAUCUCGCAGCCCGAGGUACAGGACAUAGUCGGAUUCUUGAUUGUAGACAGCAAGAUCAACGGAACAAUCAAUCAACAGGAUGGAGUCCUCGAGAUUACAUCAGACGCCGACAUUGAGCGGGUUCGGGCCAUGAGCAGCCUCUCGGCAUCGAUAGCCGAGCUGUUCAGUGCCGUGUUCCGGGAAGGCGAUGACUUCCGAAGCAACGAGCGCGAUGCUUCCUUUGAUCAGUCGAUGGACUUCCAAGGCCUCUCUGUGGGAAGAGCGCUUCGCGGGACAGGGCAGCAACGAACAAAAAAGGGCAAAGGGUCGAGUGCAAUGUGGGCAUGA